AUGGCAUCUGCACUCACAAACAGUGGCGCUCUCUCCACCAAGUCGAGCAUAGAGUCUUGUAUCCGUGAGCUCUACCGCCACCACAUCGCAUAUCUUGAGGGGUAUCCCGAGCAGGCACAUGAUGAAGACGAAAUGGUCUCUCCUAUCGAAACCAACAACGAGAUUGCUGCCAUGGAGGCAACCAUGGCAAACGUACCUGAUAAUAGAAGCGAGAGCAUUGGGGAGCCCGGGCCCUCAGUGAAUGAGGAACCCAUAGAGCCCACUCCGACCUUCAUUACUCAAAACAACCCCAAUUCUAGUCUCCCACUUCCUCUACCCGUUAACACGGAGCGCUUCCCCGAAUACUACAGGUCGUGUGAAAACCGUGACGCCCGCCAGAACAGGCAGAUUGAAGAAUCAUACAGAAUAGCUAUCUCCAAGGUUUGCGACGAAGUUAUUAGCUUCCGACAGAUUGACUCUCUGGCAACUGCGCCUCUUUCCUUCACCAUGGCGGGUGAAGAGGAAAUUACCAACGCGAGCACAAUGACCAAUGUAUCCGAGACUCCUAAGAUCGAAAGCCCCCCUACCCUGGCCUCACAGUUGAACACCGGCGUCUCGAACAACCAACACGCAGGAGUUGGCUCUGACUCGAUUCCACUUGUUGCCGAGGAGCGCAAGAAGAGCACCCUCGAGCAAAUGCGGACCAUGACCAGCUCCGAACACAUGAGCCUAACUACCAAAACACGCUUCAUUGAUAUGAGCAACACUGUUCUUCGACUUGAGCUCCUCCUCUUUCGCAGACACGCUACUCCUGUGGAUCCAGUCCUCGGACUGACCAAAGACGAAAUCGAAGAGGUCAUGCACCACUUGGAGGAACUCAAAAAAUGCAUCAGCAUUGUGGAUCACAUCUUGCAGCAGGAGCUCACCUGGGCGCGCCGCGUUGAGUAUUCGGUCAAGCAGAUCGCAGAAGAUACGCAGUACAAUGUGGUGACUCGGUUCAGAAAUAUGACCGAACUGAUCCUUAAUCAUCUCAACAAGCCCCGCCCAUCUGAACGUGACCUUCUCACCGUCUUCCUGGACUUCUUCGACGCGUACAUCUACACCGACUUCAUGAACGACUACCAGCGUCAGCUCCCCGUGAAGGAGAACUGGAACCCCGUGCGCGUGGAAAUGACCCGCGCCUUGAUCGCAGUCUGGGAUCUGAUCAACCGGGCCAUAGAGAGCUAUGAUGCCAUUAUCAGAGUCACGGUGGACAUCAAGGAGCGGUACACGGAGCCUCACUACAGAGAGAUGCAGGAGACUCCUCAGGCCUGGAGGAGCGCCAUGCUCGCGCACCAUAUCGAGGGUGAACGUGAGCGGCAGCGCCAGGCUGCUCAGCGGGCAGAGGCCAGGAAGGUGGCGUAUGAGCAGGCGAAGGAGGAGAAACGCCGCGAGGAGGAGAAGAAGAAGGAGGAGGAAGAAGCGAAGACAGUGGCGGGGGUUAAAGAUUACGUUCCUUUCACUGCGGAGAUGGAUCCUACGGUUAAGGUCCGGGACUUUGCGUAUGAGGCGCUGGCUAAGGCUGCGCAGCCUGCUGUGUCUGGCUCUAAGGAUGAUGAGGAUUCGGAUGAUGGUUGGGUGUUUUGA